AUGGCAGCCUUGCGAUCAGCCGUCGCCAUUAGUCCCGCUGGCCUUCAACGGUCCCUCGCGCCGCAAGCAGACCUCCUGUCGAAGCGCCAACAACUCCGCGUGGCUUCCGUAACCCCAAAAAGCCGACCAACGUCGGAACGGAAAUCGUUGGUUGUGCGCGCUUCGGACGAGCGGUUCGACAUUGGGGAUUACGGAGCGCGCGACCCGCGGCCGAGUGAGCUGGAGAGCCAGUUCGGCGAUAAAGUCCUCGGGAAUGCCGACACGGAGCACCGCAUUCUGCUGCCGUCUGGAAUCACGUACGUGCUUCAAAUCAGACCAGGCGGUGUGGAUUGCCAUGGGUUCUGUGCUCCUCCCUUACGUGCCGAGGUGGCAGGCCUGGCCGCACGCAACUGCGCGCCGCUGCCAGCUGGCACGCAGCCGUUGGCGGAGCCAGGGGCCCGGGAGCUGCUCAAGAGGGUCGUUGGGUGGAAGCUAGUAUCCGAACCCUCGGGCUUGCGGCUAAGGGGCGAGUGGCGGGUGCGGGACGAGGAGAGCGGGGGGGAGCUGAUGCGGCGGAUGGGGGCCGUGGUGGAGGGGCAGCAGGAGCAGUGCGGAGGGGGGCAGCAGGCGGACAUGAGCAUGCAGCAGGGAUACGUCGUCAGGGUGGACCUGCACACUCCAGCGAUAGGUGGCUUGAGUGAGAAUGACUUCAUAAUUGCAGCCAAGAUGGAUCUAGUGAAGGUCAGCGACCUCAUCAAGAAGGCUCGCUUCUGGGCUUAG